AAAUAAACAUACAAACUUCCAACGUACGUGUGAAUGUAAAAGGUCCCGAUUGCGCUCCAGAGAAGGCGUCAGUCUGGAUAGUGUUCAUCUUCAACGAUGAUGAGAUUAAUGAUGACGAGCUAGGGUUUCUGUUCUUCCCCCAAUUGCUAGGGCUUUUCAAACGCCGAAUUACGACCUUCGUUCUUCACUUCUACUGUCGUAUCUCUCAAUUCCGUGCUAAUUUCGUCACUCUCCCAUUGCUCUCUCACUGAUGGCCAAAACCAGACCAGGCAAGAAGGACCUGGACGCUUACACCAUCACAGGCACCAACAAGGUUGUUAGAGUUGGAGAUUGUGUGUUGAUGCGCCCAUCGGAAACGAGUAAGCUUCCGUAUGUUGCGCGUGUCGAGAAGAUCGAAGCUGAUAAUCGGAACAACAUUAAAGUUCGAGUGAGGUGGUACUAUCGACCGGAGGAGUCGAUUGGGGGGCGGAGGCAGUUCCAUGGUGCUAAGGAGCUCUUCUUGUCUGAUCACUACGACGUGCAGAGUGCGCACACCAUUGAAGGGAAGUGCAUUGUUCAUACGUUUAAGAACUAUACUAAGCUUGAGAAUGUUGGUGCUGAGGAUUAUUAUUGUAGAUUUGAGUACAAGGCUGCUACUGGAGCUUUCACGCCUGAUCGAGUUGCUGUCUAUUGCACCUGUGAGAUGCCUUACAACCCAGACGACCUCAUGGUGCAGUGUGAGGGCUGCAAGGACUGGUACCAUCCUGCUUGCGUAAGCAUGACUAUCGAGGAAGCAAAAAAAUUGGACCAUUUUGUGUGUUCUGAAUGUGCAUCCGAUGCUGAUAUCAAGAAAACUGAGAAUAUAUUUUCAGCAUCACCGGUGGCCGAGGACAAGGUAAGAAUCAAUGAAAGAUAGAAGAAAUCAACUUCCCCCAUCGACAAAACUACGAGCCCCACCUGUUCGAGGAAGAUAACAAUCUUAUUGUUGCUUUCAGAUUCCAUUUCUCUAAUGCGUUCUUAUCUGACAUGUUCUUAGAAGGACUAACAUAAAGUUUGUUAAUGGUUGCAGCUCGAUUCAAAGCGACGGAAGAGAUGACCAUAGCAGGUGGAAUUCUUGAUUGCAUUCAACCAUGGCAGAUAUGGAGAGUUCAAUUGUUAUUUAUGCAGGGGGUUGUGUAUAGCAUAGCUUGGACUUUGCUGUGUAGAACUUUUGUUUUGUGAUUGAAGCUAUAUAUGUGUGUAUGAUGUAGUAGUAGUAGUAGUAGAGGCUUAGGGAGUUUCUCCAGAAACAGAUCAGUCUGGUCUUGUAUCUUCUUUUGGUAAAAUCUAUAUUUUGUUUGUCUUUGGUUUUA